AUGGAGGAGGUGAUGGAGGAGGUGGUGGAGGAGGUGAUGGAGGAGGUGAUGGAGGAGGUGAUGGAGGAGGUGAUGGAGGAGGUGGUGGAGGAGGUGAUGGAGGAGGUGAUGGAGGAGGUGAUGGAGGAGGUGAUGGAGGAGGUGAUGGAGGAGGUGGUGGAGGAGGUGAUGGAGGAGGUGAUGGAGGAGGUCGAGAUCAUUAAAGAGGAACUAGGACGACAAUUAAGGUUUGGAGCUGAUGGAUUCCUCCGGCUCCAAGGGCAGAGGAAAGACACGCUGAAACAGGAGGAAGAGGAGGAGGAGGAGGAGGAAAGACACGCUGAAACAGGAGGAAGAGGAGGAGGAGGAGGAGGAGGAGGAGGAGGAAAGACACGCUGA